AAAACUGGCCUCGACUGUCAUACCUCCGCAUUCUUACUUCGUUGCUCUAAUAUUUGUCUAUCCAACAUUGACGCUUCAGCUUUCAGUCGUUGCUUCUCACGUUCGCUCCUGAAACAAUUCCGCUUGUUCUGCGCAUCUGUGAUACCCCUUUAGCGUCUCACAACUUUCUUGGACCGUACUACGCAUCUAUCUCAUCUGGCUGGCAUAGGCGUACCCCUUCGCGCGAGGCCUUGGCCCAACAUUCACCUGAAGUCCACAUUGGAAUCUCGAUGACUUCAUAACAAUCAGGCUCGAGAAGAGGCGGCGCAGAAGGUCUCAAUGGACUCGAGCGAUCCCCACCAUCGUCGCAAUCAGUCAACCCCACAAUCGAUACCUCUCCAGGAUUUCAGUCGCCAACAGGAUACUGGGGACGAGGAGUAUGGCUCAGGCUCGCAGCGGAGGAGAAGCCUUGGAGAAAGAGGAAGGAACCUGUUCAACAGAAACCGCGACUCGAUCUCUGGCCGACCGCGUCACAACAAUGCAAGAUAUGCUGCCAUACAAGAGGACUCGGAGAGUCGAAGCAGAGGUUCUCGAGCACCACGCCUCGUGACAGAAGAAGACCAUCUGACCAGUCCACGUCAAGAAUACGAGGACUACUCACCACUUGAAGAUAUCAGUGGCUUCCAAUCCGCUAUUGGUGGGUUUGCAGGCUUAACCUUUCAAGGCGAGUCCUCAUACACACCACCGCUGAGCCAGCGUCCUGUUCCUAGAGGACGAGGUACAUCCGAAUCUUUCUCAUCACAGAGAGAAAUUGAUCCUUAUGCGAACGACCACGCAAAAGGCCACGAUUACGGCUACUCAUCGCCCAUAGACGAAGACACCACGCCACUCACAGAUCCUGGACAUCUCCAACCAAUAAGCGGAGCUGUAGCUGAUGAAUCGACAUAUGACAGGACAAGCAACUUCCAAAGUGUUCGCUUCCUCGCCCCAGAGCACGCUUCUUCAAGUGACAGACGUAGUGAAGACAUGCGCGAUGUCGAGGUGGGCUUGUCGCCUACAAGUGCGUUGGGAAGAUCCGGGUCACGUCAAAGGUCCCUCUCACCCACGUCGCCUCUGCAGCGAGCUAGCACAAUCAUGAGGAACAUGUCAAUGCGAGUUGUCAACAUUAGUAACGAACAGGAUGUGGUCGAGCGUAGUAUCAAGAGAAAAUCGUCGGUAAAGACUGAGACUCCCCAAGAACCUGAAGCACGUCUGCAAGCACCACCGUCAUUUCCAGCGAUGACAGAGUAUGCGCAUGAUGGUGGGACUUCCCCUCCGAUAGAGAAGAGCUCUUCGGGCAGCUCUCGACAAAUUAACGUGAAUCCGUUGCGAGGGAGAUCGCUGGGUAUCUUCUCUGCUGACAAUCCGAUUCGAGUCCGGCUGUGUAGCUUACUGGUUCAUCCGCUAUUCGAACCUUGCAUUUUCGUUCUGAUUGUAGUACAAACAGUACUUCUUGCAGCUGAUUCGAGGCGUAAUGUGUACAACGAUGGCAACAGCGAACACUCCAGUAAUCGAUGGGGGUCUUCGUGGAUAGACUAUGGAGUUCUGAGCUUGUUUAUCUUAUAUACCAUCGAGCUAUUGAUACGUAUCAUAGUCUCCGGUCUCCUUAUAAAUCCAGUGGAGUACAGCACUGUUAAUCGCAAAGUUGGGCUCAAGCAAGCUAUUAUGAACAAGGGUCAUGAGCUGUUUGCUAUUACGCGACAGCCUUCACUGAAAAGAGCAGGAAGUUCAUUUGAGCCUUCUAUCAUACGAACCUUUACCAUGGCUCAGACGGAUCCAGACCAGCCAAAAGACGCAAGGCAGCGGCAACGUAUCAGACUUGCACACCGUGCCUUUCUCAGGCACUCGUUCAAUCGUUUGGACUUCCUGGCCGUCAUAGCAUUUUGGAUCAGCUUCGCAAUGUCAAUCACCGGGAUUGAGUCACGAAAGCAUGCAUAUCUCUUCCGUAUGUUGAGCUGUCUUCGAAUCUUACGGCUUCUCAACAUGACCAGCGGCACAACUGUAAUACUUCGAAGUCUCAAAAAGGCAGCCCCAUUACUCGUCAACGUUGCAUUUCUUAUCUGUUACUUCUGGCUUUUAUUUGCUAUUGUUGGUGUCCAAAGCUUCAAAGCGAGUCUCAGGCGACAUUGUGUUUGGACUGAUCCAUUAGGGGUAGAGCUAGACCAGUUCGAUAACGAGAAUCAAUUCUGUGGGGGCUUUCGAGACAACGUCACAGGAGACGCAAGAGCUUGGAUAAGAAAGGACGGGACCAACAACACCGGAACACCCAAAGGCUAUCUAUGUCCGAGAAAUUCUAUAUGUCUGGAAGGACAUAAUCCUUACAACGGAACUGUCAGCUUUGACAAUAUCUUCCAAUCUUUUGAGCUAGUGUUCGUUGUCAUGUCAUCAAAUACGUGGUCGGAUCUGAUGUACAAACUCGUGGAUUCUGAGUAUCUCGUUGCAGCGCUUUUCUUCGCGAUUGGGAUUUUAUUACUCAGUCUCUGGCUGAUAAGUUUGCUGGUGGCGGUCAUCACUUCGUCGUUUCAGGUCAUUCGCGAAGAGAGCAAGACAAGUGCCUUCACUGGGCAAGACAGCGAACCUGUUCCGGGAAUUUCGGAUGAGCAGCCCAAAAUUCGACCGAGUGCUCUAAAAAGAUUCUAUGAAAGAACAGACUGGAUAUGGAUCCUCGUGAUAGCCUACGGAUUGGUAUGUCAAUGUUUGCGGAGCGCGUCAAUGGGACAAGGCAGAGAGACCUUCAUCAACGUGUCAGAGACCGGAGUCACCAUUAUCCUUUUCGCAGAGAUUAUCAUUCGAUUCGUCAUAGACUGGCGUCACUUCCAUCGCAGCAAGCAGAAUCUUGUAGACGCUGCAAUCGCCAUCAUAACCAUGGUUAUCCAACUACCUACAGUCAAGCACUCCCACGACGGGCGCGCCUAUGCUUGGCUCACUGUCUUUCAAAUCAUGCGGAUAUACCGUGUUGUAUUGGCAGUCCCAAUGACGAGAGAACUUAUCAUGGUAGUGCUGGGAAACGUUAGUGGUCUAUUGAAUCUCAUCUUGUUUGUGUUCCUGCUUACCUUUCUUGGGGCCAUAUUCGCGACCCAGCUGCUUCGAGGAGACAUUCCAGAGGAAGACGGGAACGGAGAGACUAUACGGUAUAAUUUCUUCUCGAUGUACAAUUCGUUCCUGGCAAUGUACACGAUACUCUCGAGUGAGAAUUGGACGACAGUGCUGUACACUGUCACGACUUUCAACCGUAUCCACAACACCGCAUGGAUAGGAGCUGCCUUCUUCAUCAUCUGGUUCAUUCUUGCCAACUUCAUAGUCCUGAACAUGUUUAUUGCCGUCAUUCAGGAGAAUUUUGAUGUUUCAGAGGACGAGAAACGCCUACAGCAAGUCAAAGCAUUCCUACAACGUAAGGAGAUUGGCCAUUCGGGCGGUGGCAAUCUUUCAUUGUCUACAAUCUUCAAAUUUGGACAGCAUACCGGCCGACGCAAAGACCCUUUAGAUUUCGGAUCUGCGGCUACGGAAAUGUUAUUGAAGGACGCCGUAGUCAAAGACUUUUUGGACGAACCUGAGACUUCGGCCAUCCCUCGCAUGGAUACUCGACCUACGUUACGUGCAGCUCCAACCAUUCCCCUCGUGAAUUCGGGAUCUUUGUCCGCACUCUGGGCAAAUAUCAUUGGACGUUUCAAGAACAGAGAGCCAAAUCCGUUCUACGAAAGUCUCGGAUUGACGAAAGCUCAAGAGGAAUUGGACCCAAGAGAAAUGGCGAAGCACGUAGUCGAUGCUACUGAACGCCGAAAGUUGGCUCAACGUCAAUAUCUUCAGAAGCAUCCGAAGUACAAUGUAUCACUGUUCAUCUUUCAGCCGGACAACUGGCUUCGCAGAGCUUGCCAGCGGAUCGUCGGUCCAGGCCGUGGUGGAACUCGUAUUCAGGGAGUUGACCCUUCCACUCCAGUUUGGUAUGCGUUCUCUGCAUUCAUUUACGCCGCGAUUAUCGCCAUGGUCAUACUCGCAUGUGUGACAACACCGCUUUACCAGCGCGAAUACUUUCUCAAGCAUACAUUUAGCGUGAAGAAUUGGUUUGUCUUCUCUGACAUGGGUUUCGCUGCCGUAUUCACUAUUGAAGCAUUGAUCAAAGUCAUCGCGGAUGGCUUUUUCUGGACACCAAACGCCUACUUUCGAGGUUCAUGGGGCUUCAUAGACGGGGUCGUACUGCUAACACUCUGGAUCAAUAUCAUCACAUCCCUGGACAACGAAGGCCAAAUCUCUCGAGUUGUUGGUGCGUUCAAAGCCUUGCGAGCGCUCAGACUGCUCAACGUUAGCGACAGUGCUCGAGAUACUUUCCAUUCGCUGAUAGUAAGAGGCUGGUGGAAAUUGACCUCGGCGGCUUUUGUGUCCCUGAGUCUGCUGAUCCCCUUUGCUAUGUACGGUUUGAACCUGUUCAAUGGUCGCCUUCAGUCAUGUAAUGAUGGCAAGUCAAACAUUAGGGAUCUAAACGAUUGCGUCGGCGAGUACAUGAGCACACCGUACAACUGGACCGUCCUGGCUCCUCGACAGGCUUCAAAUCCCUCUUAUGACUUCGACAACUUUGGUAACUCCCUAUUCAUCCUCUUCCAGAUCGUAUCUCAAGAAGGCUGGACGGACGUGAUGUGGUCCGCUGAAAGCAUCACAGGCGUUUUCACCCAACCGUCGUCGUUCUCGCAGGAGGGGAAUGCUGUAUUCUUCGUUGUUUUCAACUUGCUUGGAGCGGUCUUUGUGCUGACUCUGUUUGUCUCCGUCUUCAUGCGCAACUACACGGAACAGACUGGUGUUGCUUUUCUGACAUCUGAACAAAGAUCCUGGCUUGAACUUCGAAAGCUGCUUCGUCAGAUAUCGCCUUCCAAACGGCCAACAGCGAAGAAGCGUCAAACGUGGGCCGAGUGGUGCUACCACCGGGCGGUCAGAAAGAGCGGACGAUGGCAACGUUUCAUCACCGUUGUGUUAGUGCUGCAUGUGGUUCUGUUGUGCACGGAAUACUAUCCAGGCGUUCUAUUGUGGGAUCGAGUGCGCGACUUGAUCUUCCUCUUCUUCGUCUUCAUAUACACGGCCAACAUUAUUAUCCGCAUCGUAGGCCUGACUUGGACGAGAUUUCGGAAAAGCUCGUGGGACUUGUUCUCGCUGGUCGCCGUAACUGCAGCACUGGUCACGUCCAUCUUACUGCUGUCAAAUUUGCACAACAGAACAUACACGCAGCUACAUAAAUUCUCCUUGGUCGGAAUUGCACUGCUGAUUAUACCUCGCAACAACGCUCUCGACCAGCUGUUCAAGACGGCUGCCGCUAGUCUGCCUUCGAUUGCCAAUCUGCUGGCUACGUGGUUCGUCCUUUUCCUGGUCUACGCCAUAGCUUUAUCGCAGACUUUUGGCUUGACCCGAUUUGGCGAGAACGAGUCGAACAAUGUCAAUUUUAGGACAGUACCAAAAGCCUUAAUCCUCUUGUUCAGGACAAGCAUCGGAGAAGGAUGGAACGCACUCAUGGAGGACUUCGCCAGCAUCAAACCGCCAUAUUGCACUAUUGGAGAACGGUACUUCGAAAGUGACUGUGGCAGUCCUGAAUGGGCCAGAUUCCUGUUUAUCUCAUGGAACAUCCUGAGCAUGUAUAUCUUUGUCAAUCUCUUCGUUUCCUUGAUAUACGAGAGUUUCAGUUACGUAUAUCAAAGGAGCAAUGGGCUCUCCGUUAUCAGUCGAGAGGAAAUCCGCAGAUUCAAGCAAGCAUGGGCGGAAUUCGAUCCUAGCGGCACAGGUUUCAUUCCAAAGGCAGUGCUACCUAGACUUCUAGGCGAACUUUCGGGAGUUUUCCAGAUGCGCAUUUAUGACGGUGAAUUUACACUGGGUUGCAUAUUGAGAGAAUGCUGUGUGGACGACCACAGGGGUUCUACUCUUGAAGUCAGCGACCACAAGCGACCUCGCGAGAUCGAUCUGGCUAAACUCAACGCCAGAAUCGCACAGCUCCCACUCGCGGAAAUUCGAAUGAGGCGUCGACGAAUGAACUUGUUCUAUGAGGAAGUCAUGGUAUCGGCGGAUCCAGAUCGGGGCAUUAACUUCAACGCCCUUCUCAUCAUUCUAGCGCAUCACAAGGUCAUCAAUGAUAACAAGAGUCUACGUCUGGAAGAGUUUUUGCGGCGACGGGCACGCAUGCAGCGUGUCGAGGAAGCUGUUCGUCGUAACAUAGUUGUUGGAUUCUUCGAUACAUUGUACUGGAGAAGACGCUUCAAUUCUAGAAGUUCAGGAGGGAGAAUGACAGAUAUUCCGCAGUUUACGGUGCCUGAGAUCCUCGUUGAAGAUGAGGACAUUACCAAUCCGGAGCGCAGGAACCAAACACCUUCUCUGUCGCCAAUCAACACAUCGUUCCGCAGCGGAUCUGGAUCAGAGCAUGCACGUCUUGGAGAUUCUCCUGUCGGUUCUCCGAUUGGCAUCCGUGGUCGCUCUAGCUCGAUCCAGAUCUCACCUUCGCAGUCUCCUACAAUGCGCGGCAUCAGCCCGAUGGGAGCAGUAGGCCAAGAAAGCAUCGAUCGACCAGAUUGGCAGUUUGCCGCAGCGCUGAGCGGACCGCCUAGUCCUCUCGGUGGAGGAACUCCCGAGGGAGGACGCAGCAGGGCUAACAGCAAUGCCGCGCAAGAUGCACUGGACGUCUUCAACGAUUCAGCGUGGGGCGAGAGUAUCCGCAGGAGCUUCACUCUGCGGCGACCACAGGACAGGCGAUAAGAGUCUUUGGAGCAGAAUACGUAUCAGGGAGGGGACAUGGAAUAGCAUGUAUGUGGUCAGAGGUGGGAGGGGAAAGAAUAGACGGGUGAUAUUGGAGGGCAGAGGGGAUAGACAGGCGAGGCGCAUGAAGGCCGAAUUAAGUCGUGGCAGUCAUGACGAUAUAAAUGCCGGGACAGGCGUUGGAGGAUGUGCAAUGGGGUGGAAGCUUGAUUUUUGAUGAUUGAUUAGGUCAUAGCAGAGGCAUAGCGACGGCGUUACAUAUACCGAGACACAGCGGUCAUCGCUACGAUAGAAUGUAAAUUCGUGGGUUUGUCGUUCCUAUCAGAAAAGUC